AUGGUUCUCGUUGGCGGCAUCAAUCACUUUCCUAGCGCGAAACGGCAGGACUGGCCGAACGCGCGCAGGAGGCCGACAGCGACACAAUUUUUAGGAAGACAUGGCGAAGGCAGCGUAUACGCCUUCAGACGGCUGUCUAUACCACCUGAUGGGGAAGAUUGUCCGUCAAAUUCACCUUCACCAACCCAUCAACACUUAAGCAUUCGACUCAUCAUUAUGGAAUAUCCGAAUGAGAGUAUUUGGGGCGCAGUGGGGCUAACUUCAAAUUGCCGCCUGUCCUUUCUACAUACCGGCUGCCCUGCGCUCACCGCCUCAGCCUGCAGCGAGCUGCAUGUUCUACUCUGGGGUCCUCUGGGCUGGGCUCUCAUCAUAUACUCCUACUGUAUCUUGAUGCUGUUCUUUUGUCUACUCGGUGAUAGACGUCCGGAUCGGUUAAACAGGGAAGCUCGAAAUAUAUGCUCUUAUCGGCAGUGGAACGUCAGCCUUUUAUGGUUUUUUUCGUCUCCGCCAUCUGAUGGACCUAUAAUUUGUGCUCGACCGAACCAUCUUUCCGGCCACGGAUAA